AUGAUUCUCUCCCUAUCUUCAGUGCUCUUUCUUUCAUGCCUUGCACGACCCUCCCUCGGUUAUGAUUUUGUGGUUAUCGGUGGAGGAGCUGGAGGUUUGACGGUUGCUAGUCGUCUCGCCGAGAAUGAAAAAGUGCAAGUUCUUGUCCUCGAAGCAGGUCCGUAUGCGGAGGACCUCACGGAGGUUUUUGUGCCCGGCCUGCUUGGUAGCGGUCAGGCAUUCACUACCUUGAAUUGGGGCUAUACUACCGCGCCUCAAAUCAAUUUGAACAAUCGUUCGCUCAAUGUAAGAGCAGGAAAAGCGUUAGGAGGGAGUACAGUUAUCAACAACAUGAUAUUCACUCGCGGUCAGAAGGAGCAAUACGACGCUUGGGGAACCCUGAAUAACGAUUCUUCCUGGACAUGGGACGCCCUUCUCCCAUUUUUCAAGAAAUCAGAACUAUUCACACCUCCGAAUAAGUUCCAGGCCUCGAACGGAGCCAAGUUCCUUCCCGAAUUUCAUGGUUUGGAUCAUAAAGUUGGACGUGUUAAAGUCGGCUUCCCAAACUUCUUCUUCCCUCAAUCGGAGCUGUGGGCAAAAACUAUAUUGGGUUUGGGAUUUCGUGCGACACGGGACCUGGAGAAUGGGGAACCAGAGGCUGUAGCAGUUGCUCCGAACUCGAUAGAUGCCCUGAAUAAUACGAGAUGUUCUGCAGCGUGUGCGUAUUAUACGCCGGUGAAAGACAAGCCCAACUUCAAAGUGAUCACCAACGCAACUGUGUCGCGAAUCAUCUGGUCUUCCGGAUCUGCUAAGAAUCGAUCGUCCGAUCUAAUAGCUUCGGGAGUCGAAUAUUUUCUCCAGAAUCAGACUGAACCGGUGGUAGUCAAUGUUGAGGGCGAGGUUAUUCUUGCAGCGGGAGCUAUUGGAAGUCCGAAAGUUUUUGAGCUCUCGGGAGUAGGGAAUUCUACAAUACUCAAAGCGGCGGGGGUAGAGCCCAUAUUGGAACACCCUACGGUGGGAGAGAACCUGGCCGAUCAUCUACAUAGCUGGGCCACCGCUUUCACCAACGCUACCAUCACUGGAGAUCGCCUAGAUCAAGACCUGGUUUUCGCCCAGCAAGAACUCGAUUUGUGGUUCAAGAAUCGAACCGGCUUGUACUCUGGCUUGCAACAAAGAACGCUUGCAAUCACUCCACCAUCUCUCAUCUUCACGGAUUCUGAACUGAAAGACUCACUGAAGAAAGCCAGAGCGAACCUCACCGAGUUUGCUAGAGAAUUCUCGAAUGGAAAUACCAUGCUAGCUAAAGCUAUAGAGGCUCAGCAUAAAAUCGCACUCGACCUCUAUGCUGCAGAUAAAGAAGGACCUUUGGAAAUUAAUCUCGGACCAGCCUAUAACGGGCCAACGGCUUUGGAUCAACGUCCUCGGAGGAACUUCACAUCGCUUAAUAUCAUCCUAUACGCUCCUCUUUCCCGAGGCCGCUCUCAUAUCAACUCCUCAAACCCAUUCAGCCGUCCUGUGGUUGAUCCAGCCUAUUGGUCCCACCCAUUGGAUGUCACGGCCCACGUUGCUGGAAUGAAACUUGGACGUCGGAUGCUACGCAGUCCCCCGCUCAAUUCGAUCUACGAGGGCGAAUUCGAACCUGGGAAUGAUAAAACAAGCGAUGAAGAUAUCAAGGACUGGUUGAAAGGCGUUGUGAAUGGUGAUAAUCAUCCCGUUGGGACGAUGGCAAUGUUACCGAGAGAUAUGGGAGGCGUAGUAGAAACAGAUUUGAGGGUCUAUGGGAUUCGGAACCUCCGAGUGGUUGAUGCUUCCAUUAUACCGUUUCCCGUCAGUGCGCAUACUUCUUCCUCGGUAUACAUGAUUGCCGAAAAGGAUCAUCUACGCUCAAGAAACGAGAAGCUGACUGGUUCAAGGUGA